AUGAACACGCUCAGCAGGGUUGACUCGUACCUAUUCAGCCUGGUGAGCUCACACCCGCCACCCGCCCCGGCGGCGCUGUCCAGCAUACAACCGGAGCCCGCCCCCACGUUCACUUUUCCGACUUCCAAUGAGCCCGCGUCCAACAGCUCGUCUGUGAAUGUUUCGCCCUCUCCCUCGCCCGCCCCGUCCAAUGCGACCGUCCGGCGGCGAUUUCCCACCACUACUCGACGUCGUAGGAGACGUCACCCAACCAGCAGCAGCAUCAAGGUCCCGCCCCCGACGACGCCGCUGCUGCUCCGCGUCGCGCUCGCGAUAUGGUCGAUUCUGCUCUCGUUCUGGCGCAGCCUCGUGGGAGAUACCCGCGCCGUCCGUGUACUUCGACACAAGAAGCGCACAGUCACAGUCGCUGCUGUGCCGGUCGGUGCAGGGGCUGCCCCGGACCGGUUAGCAGAGUCACCUGCUGCCGCGUCAAAGGGCAAGCCAGUCCUGGGCCUGGGGCAUCCUGCAGCGAGCCCCGCCAGUUCUGACGAGUCUGCGAGCGAGCACGAGGGCUGGGUCGACCCGGUGACGCGCGCACCCGUCGACAAUGGCACCCCGGUGGACUCUGACUCGGAGGUCGAGUUUGGCCGCCCGCGCGUGCCAGAGACAAUGUCGAUCCAGCUGCAGAGCUCGUUACGCAAGUCGGGCCUCGACAGCAAGCUGGACACGAAGCAGCCCAAGUUUGUGACGACAGUGACGGCCCCGACGCCGCGGCGCACGCCUCGCCUUCUCCCGAACCCGAUGCAGACCAGCCUGCUCGACCCCUCUGUCCCCGCGGUCCCACACCGCAGCGUGUCGCCGACGAACGCGCCGUCCGUCCGCCCACAGCACACGCCGUUCCACCUCCAGAAGACGCUAAUUCUCGACCUUGACGAAACACUCAUUCACUCGACGAGCCGCCCCAUGGGCGCGUCCCACUCGGGCACCGGUAUGCUGGGCCUCGGCUCGGGGCUGUUUGGGGGCAAGCGCCGGCGCCGCGAGGGGCACACGAUCGAGGUCGUGCUCAACGGCCGCUCAACGACGUACCACGUGUACAAGCGCCCCUACGUCGACUUCUUCCUGAAGAGGGUUGCGUCUUGGUACACGCUCGUCAUUUACACGGCGUCCAUGCCCGAGUACGCCGACCCGGUGAUCGACUGGCUCGACAACGGGCGCGGCCUGUUCGCAAAGCGUCUGUACCGCGACGCGUGCCACCUGCAACCGAGCGGGAGCUACGUCAAGGACCUGAGCCUCGUCGAUCCGGACCUGAGCCGCGUGUGUUUCAUGGACAACUCGCCCAUCUCGUACAGUUGGAACAAGGCCAACGCCCUCCCGAUUGAGGGCUGGACAUCGGACCCGAACGACGAGGCGCUCUUGCACAGCAUCCCCGUGCUCGACAGUCUGCGCUUUGUGACGGACGUCCGGCGCAUUCUCGGCAUCAGAGGGUUCGUCUGA